AUGAGGGGUGAAUGGAACGGUUUGCAAGCUUUGAUUUGUAAUGAAUGCCCAUAUGCUUAUUAUGUCCACUGCUUUGCACAUUGUCUCCAACUUGCUCUUGUUGCAUCAUCUCAUGAAGUAAAGCUUGUUCAUCAAUUUUUUGAGAAGUUGGGGUUCAUUAUUAAUGUUGUCACUUCUUCUAGUAAAUGUAAUGAUGAACUAAGGGAUGCUCAAGCUGCUGAAAUUGUAAAACUGCUUGCUAUGAAUGAGUUAGAGUCGGGAAGAGGCCUUAACCAAACUUGCACAUUGCAACGAGCUGGAGAUACUCAUUGGAGUUCACACCUUAAAUCCAUCUCCAAUUUGAUUAAAAUAUUUAAUGCAACUUUCCAUGUACUUGAUAAUAUUUCUACUGAAGACAGAACUUCUUCUCAACAUGGUGAUGCUAAUUAUGCAUAUACAUUAAUGAAGUCUUUUGAUUUUGUUUUUGUGUUGCAUCUUAUGAAGAAACUAAUGGAAAUCACAGAAACUCUCUGUCAAGCUUUGCAACAUGAAUCUAAAGAUAUCUUGAACACCUUACACCUUGUCUCAACUGCAAAAGAGCAAAUUCAAAACCUAAGAGAAACUGGAUGGGAAGCUUUUCUAUUAGAUGUAAAAUCUUUUUGUGUUAAGCAUGAUAUUGAAAUUCCUGAUAUGGAUGCUACUUUUGUUGCACGGGAAGGUCAAGCACGAAAUCAACCAUGUGAUUUUUCAAUAGGACAGUAUUACCGAGUUGAGUUAUUUUAUGCUACAAUUGAUCAUCAAUUACAAGAGCUGAAUAGCAGGUUUAAUGAACAUACUCUAGAGUUGCUUUCUCUUAGUUAA